AUCAAAGUUAAGUCAAACCCAUCACCAGAUAUAAUAGCUGCGAGCAUAUGCAAGCAACUCUGCAUCCUCUCCUACUUGGUCUUCUCUUUAAAUUGACGUUAAAGAAAAGUACAAAUUACAUAGAAAUGGCAGCCCAAGCUGCAGCUACCACUUUCAAUGGAAACUUGAAGAAAACACUUGCUGGUUUGAGGCGGAUCAAUCUGGAAGGUUUGCAAUGGAGAGUCUUUGAUGCUAAAGGCCAGGUUCUUGGAAGAUUAGCUUCUCAAAUUUCUACCGUGAUUCAAGGAAAGGACAAGCCUACUUACACUCCAAAUCAUGAUGAUGGGGAUAUGUGCAUUGUGAUUAAUGCCAAGGAUGUAUGUGUUACAGGGAGAAAACUUACGGAUAAGGUUUAUUACUGGCAUACAGGCUAUAUCGGCCACCUCAAAGAAAGAAGUUUAAAGGACCGGAUGGCAAAGGAUCCUACAGAAGUCAUACGCAAAGCAGUCCUACGCAUGCUUCCUAGAAACAAACUGCGUGAUGAUAGAGAUCGAAAAUUGAGGAUAUUUGCUGGUAGUGAGCACCCCUUUGGUGAUCGGCCCCUUGAACCGUAUGUGAUGCCUCCCAGAACAGUACGAGAAAUGAGGCCUCAUGCAAGAAGAGCCUUGAUUCGAGCUCAAAAGAAGGCAGAAGAGCAAGUAGAAGGUGGCAACAAAUCAAGAAAGGUCAGAAAGAAAGAAGCUAAAACAGAAGUGACAGCAUGAAGAGUGAUUGGCCUAGUCUCCUUUUCUGAUAGCCUGCAGUUUUCCUGUUCUGUGUUGCACUACGACAACUGUGGGUGUAGAUAAGCACUUGUUGGAAUAGUAGUCUUGCUCACCCUUUUGCAGAAAUUCUUUCAAGCUCAAACAUAUCAAUUAUAGUUUUUCUUUUGAAGGUAAUAAUUUUUCAGCACAGCAAUGAUUGUGGCUAUUGUCUGCACUUGUUGGCAGCCCACUAGUUCUCCAAAUUCUAAACUCCAAACUACUACUUUAAACGUGUGCCAUAAACAAUUUCUUUGUUGUUAUACCAUGAGUAGUGCUUAAAGAACCUAUAUUUCUAAGAUAAGAUCAGGCUUCACAUUUUGGCUUAAUCACCACUGCAUGUGUAGAAACUUCCUUCCCAUUGUUUUCAUACUUUUAUGGGUUUAAUGAUUUUUUCCUCUACCUCUUUCUUGCUCGAAAAAUCAACCAAGCCGUAGAGAACUGAAAAUUUGGAGAAUGCAAAAUUCUUGAGCUUAGACAAAUCAUUACAGGCCCAGAGUGAAGAGAGAAGCAGAGCAUCAAGGCAAGGUUCUUAACUAGCGAAUGCAUUGGUAACUGGACUAGUAAUAAGUAUCUACAAUUUGAAAGAGCAAUUUCCUAUUUCCUUGUAAAAGAUUUUAUGCUGUGUUUGAUGUAUUGAAUUAUGAUAA